CUGAGAUCUCCAGAAGACCAAUGUAGAGAAAAGUCAAAGGACGUCCGAGUUACCUGAUGAAAUCCUUGAAGUAGAGAAUGCUUUAAAGAGGAUAAUCAUUGAAGAGAGAGCUCCUUCAUUGAAGAUCAGAGGUUACUUCUAAGAAAGAAAGCUUCUUCAUUACCAGCCAGACAAAACUCGUCAUCGCCAUGGAUAUAUUUGGUGGUGCGCCUCGUGUUUUGGGCUAUCCACGCCCCGUACUGGCACAGUGCGGCACCAACGCAACCCUGAGGUGCCAAAUCGGUGGGGACCCUCGUCCGGACGUCAUCUGGGAACGUAAAGGCAUCCAGAUUUUGUCUGAUGGACGCUACAAGCUCUCAGAGGAGGGAAAAUCCUACAUGCUGACCAUUACUGGAGUGACUGAGCAGGAUGCGGGCCAGUAUAUCUGCAAGGCUAGAAAUAGCGUUGGCGAAACCUACGCGGCAGCCUCUCUGAAAGUGGAAGGGGAGGCCCUGGCUCAAAAUGGGGAGCCGAGGCAAUUAGAGGUCAACGGCGUGAAGCAACCUUCGAAGGAAAAUGGAGAACUGGUAGAACAUAUGAAUGGCUACAGCAACGAGCAAAAUGGAGGAGACAGGAAGGUAAACGGGGAGGUCACGGGCGGUGAACGCAAGUGGAAGUUAGAGGACGAUCUGACGACUGACGAUAAACCGCGAUUCCUCAUCAAGCCCUUGUCUCUGCGAGUGGAUCGGGGAGAGGACGCGGCCUUCUCCUGUAAAAUCUGGGGCACGCCUUUGCCUGAGGUGACCUGGGAGAAGGAUGGGAAGAAGCUGAACGACAUCUUCGAGAGCUCACACUUCAGCGUGGGUAUUCAGGAUGGAGGCUGGUUCCAACUCAAGGUCUACAGGACACGCAUGCCAGACAAAGGCGUCUACACCUGCAAGGCGGUGAACCGCCACGGUGAGGCCCUGGCCGGGGCAGUCCUUCUUGUGGAACCUGUGCCAGAGCGGGAGGACAGUAAACGGUCUUCGAGUGGCCACACCAGCAGCCAGUGGUCACCCAAACACCGGGGACGGCUCAGUCUGUCCCGGCUCGCCGAGGAACCAUCUGUCAACUCAACCAAAGUCAAGAAAUUCGCCGUGGCAGAGGGAAAACACGCCAAGUUUCGCUGCUUUGUGACAGGGAAGCCGAAACCCGAGAUCAUCUGGAAGAAAGACGGGGUUCCCCUGGAGCCUGGCAGGCGUCAUUUGAUAUUUGAGGACAGAGAGGGCUACUACACGCUGAAGGUCCUGUACAGCAAAGUGCAGGACACAGGGCUGUACGUAUGUGCGGCAUCCAACACACUUGGAAACACCCUGAGUGCUGUUCACCUGUCGGUCAAAGGCCCGACCGUUCGGUUCAGACGUCCGUUAAAAGACAUAGAGGUGAAGGAGAGGGAUGUCGCUGUGCUGGAAUGUGAGGUUCCCGAUGAGUCGGUCCCCGCUGCCUGGUACUUGGAGGACCAGAGGCUAAUGCCCAGCAGUAAAUACGGAAUGGAGCAGAGAGGAACCAAACGGAGACUCACAAUCCAAGAUGUGGGGAUGGACGACGACGGUGUCUACCUCUGUGAAAUGCCCGAUGGAGGAAAGAGUAUUGCUGAGCUGUCGGUUAAAGGUACAAUCGUUCGUAAACUACCCCGGAAACUGGAAGUCCUCGAGGGUGAGAACGCGGCAUUCUGCGUGGAGGUGGAUAACGACGACCUGGAGGUCCACUGGUUCAAAGACGGCUUAAAGCUACACGAGACGCACCAAACCAUCCUGAAGUCCUUUGGUAAAACUCACAUUCUGGUCUUUGUCAAUGUGGCCUAUCACGACUCUGGAGUGGUGACGUUCGUCACGGGACGAUCGAAGACUUCAUCACGCCUCAAAGUCAAAGCCGCACGACACUGUCCCCCGAUCUGUCCCGUGGGAGUAAAAAUGGACGUUGACAGGCCCAACAGCGCUCUACUCACUUGGGAUCCAGCCCCCAACAGUCAGACCUCCACCCGCUCCUUCUUUGUGCUGGAGAGGCAGGAAGUGGGAUCUCAGGAGUGGCAGAAGUGUUUCACCUCGGAAACGGCCACAUCGGCGGAGGUCACCGGUGACAGCGUACCGUGUGAAGGAAACUAUCGCUUCCGUGUCUGCUGCAUCAACAAGUACGGGCGAAGCGGUCAUGUGGAGUUCCCCAAAGCUGUUCAUCUGGUUCCUGGACCCAAGAUCUGCACUCGCCUACGAAGCUGUGAGGUCAUGGAAGGAGAGGAGGCUCGCUUCGCCAUCGAACUCUCUGCCAACAUGGUCGGUACAUGGUUUUUAAACAGUGCUCAGUUGCAGAAUGGUGAACGAUACUUGAUACAACACACCCAAACGAAGCACUCGCUGGUGAUUCGAGAAACCCACACAGCCGAGGACACAGCCGAGGUCACGUUCAUAGCCAACGGUGUCCGGGAUUCAGCUGUGCUCAAGGUUAAACCUGCUGUGAUAAAGUUCAACCCUGUGUCAGAGUUGGACAGCAACAAGAAGGUGGAGACAGGCGACGCCAUUGUGCUUUACUGUGAGGUCUCACACCCGUCCGCUAAAGUAUCAUGGUUCAAGGAUGGAGAAGAGCUACAUGUAAGAGAGGGAUUCAACAUCCAAUCAGAAGGCAACAUGAGGAGAAUAGUGAUCCACUCUGCUGAGCAUUGCCACUCUGGGGUUUAUACGUGUGAAACUUCGGGAGACGUCAUCAAAUACAAUGUAGAUGUCGCAGGUCCUCCAGUGGAGUUCAGUCCUGUUCGAGAGGAUGAACUUCAUAAAAGCAGCAUGGAACUGGACCCCGUGGUGUUGCUCUGCCAUGUGUCUCGAGAAGAUGCUGAAGUUGUUUGGUAUAAGGACGGAUGUGAGAUCCAGCCCGGUGACAACAUCACUCUGCAGGCGGAGGGAACCAUGAGGAGGCUAAUCAUCCGCUCAGCAGAAACCUGCAACGCUGGAACUUACACUUGCAAGGCAGGAGACAACAGCAUGGAGUUCACUGUCAAUGUCAGAGAACCACCAGUAACCAUUGUGGAACCAAAAGAUGAUGUCGUGAUGGAGAGAAGUAUUGGCGAGCAGAUCGAUCUGCAGUGCGAGUUGUCCCGUUCUCGAGGGAAGGUGCGCUGGUCUAAAGACGGCCAGCAGGUGGAGGAGGGUGGAAAUGUCCAGCUGAUAUCGGAGGGUCCCUACAGGAGGCUGACCAUCCUCUGCGGCUCGAGGGAGGAUGGAGGAGAGUACGUCUGCGAAGCCGAUGGAGACUCUGUCUUUUUCCAGCUUACUGUUAAAGAGCCACCGGUACGAUUCAUUUCCCCCAGUGAAUCAGAAGUGGAACUGAUGCAUUUGGCUCCUGAGAGACUUGACCUCAGUUGUGAGAUCUCACAGGCAGACGCUCCAGUCCGAUGGUACAAAGACAACUUAGAGGUAGAGGAGUGCUGUAAUCUGAUCCUUGAGGUCGACGGGACUAAACGCCGCUUGAUUAUACCCAUGACAACGAUUGACGACACUGGGGAGUAUAUAUGUGACACGGAGGACGACUCAGUGGCCUUUCUGGUCACUGUUACAGAGCCUCCAGUGACACUAACUCGUCCUGAAAAUAUACCUGGCAAACUGGAAAGUGUUGCCGGAAAACCAAUCGUCCUGGAGAUCGAGGUGUCCAGGCCGACUGCAGAAGUCAAGUGGUGCCUAAAUGACACUGAACUAGAGCAAAGCAGCAACAUAACCAUCACAGAGGAUGGGCUCAUUCGACGUCUGACCAUCCAUUCCCCCACUCCAGAGGAUUCAGGGAAAUACACCUGCGAUGCCUUUGAUGAUCAAAUAGACUUUGUGGUUAAAGUUUCAGAGCCACCAGUGAAAAUCUUAAGGAAGUCAGAGAUCAACACAAAUUUGAAAUUCUUGAUUUGCGAUGACAUUGUGCUCGAGUGCGAGCUCUCCAGAGCCAACGCUGCUGCCAAGUGGUACAAGAACUGCUGCCGUGUUGAGGGCGAAAGAUUCUGCGAAGAGGAAGAAGGGGCUUUCCGAUCAUUGGUCAUCCUCAAUGCUGAGCUGGAAGACUCAGGAGAAUACUUUCUGGAUGUUGGGAAUGACAGCAUAAGCUUUCAGGUUACAGUGGAAGAGCCUCCGGUGAAAAUUGUUGGGAAUUCAGGUGACGUCGACUACCAAGAGAUGAUGGCAGGAGAUGAAUUGAUCCUGGCCUGUGAGGUGUCCCGUGCUAAUGCUGAAGUUCACUGGUACUGCAACGACAAGCUGCUCACCAGUGAUGACCGAACGAGCAUAGAGAGCGCCGGGACUCUGAGGAGAAUUACGAUCUCCUGUGUGCAGUCCUCAGAUUCUGGAAAAUACGUUUGUGACGCUGUCGAUGACAAGAUGGUUAGCAUGAUCCGAAUUCAAGAGGCUCCAGUUGCAUUUGUGAACAAGGAAGAAGACAUUGUGAUGACUGGUUAUGAAGCAGAGAGCAUAACACUGACAAGCUACGUGACCAAGGAAAGUGCUGUGGUACGGUGGCUGAAAGACUGGACGCCCGUCGAAGGGGAACGUUUCCGGGCACUCAUGGAAGGUCACAAACGCACUCUGACCAUCGAGCCCUUGAGACGCUCUGAUGCGGGAGAGUACACCUGUGAUCUCAACACGGACCAGAUGCACUUCAGUUUACUUGUAAAAGAGAUGAGGAUAAAGUUCGUGAGCCCCCUCAGAGACACCGUGGCCCACGCUGACAGCAUGGUAACCAUUCGCUGUGAAGUGUGCAAGCCCAAAGCAGAUGUCCAAUGGCUGAAGAACGGCACAGAAAUCGUUCCCAGCAGAAGGUUUACCAUUCGUGCGGACGGAAUCGAGCGGAGUCUAACCAUCCACCGUUUGACCAGAGAGGAUGCCGGAGAGUACGCCUGUGAGUCAAGAGACGACCGAACUGCCGCAACACUCAGAGUGGAAAUGCCCCGAGUGGUGGAGUUCCUCACUGAGCUCCACAACACGACCGUGCUGGAAGGAGAAGACGCCACCUUCAAGUGCGUGGUUUCUCCCGAUGACGUCCAGCUGGUGUGGCUCAUGGACAAUGAGCCGGUGACGCUGGGGGAUCGUUUCCAGGCGACCCAGAACGGCUUGUGCCACACACUGGUCAUCAAAAAGUGCCAGAUGUUGGACUGUUCGAGGAUUACGGCAGAAGCGGAGGGGAAAAUAAGCAAAGCUAGUCUCAAAGUUCAAGAGGCUCAAAUCAUGUUUACAAAGAGGAUGGAUGCCGUCAUGGCAGAGGAGUUUGACGAUGCCACUUUGGAGACGGAGAUCAGCCUGGAGACAGGAGAGGUCCAGUGGAUGAGGCAGGGGGUGGUCAUCCAGUCCGGACCCCGACACACACUGGGCCAGGACGGCCGCAAACGUAGUCUGACCAUCCGCAACCUGACGCUGUCCGACCGGGGGACCUACCGCUGUGAGACUCUGCACGACCGGACGCAGGUCAAACUUAAUGUGGAACCCCGUAAAAUCUCCAUCAAAAGAGGCCUGACAGAUCAGGAAACCUUCGAACGGGAGACGGCCUCCUUCGAGGUGGAGCUCUCCCACACUGACGUGGAGGGCGUUUGGCAAAAAGAUGGCAUCCGAGUGAAACCCAACAACCAGUGGCGGGUGAGCACCAACGGACGAAUGCACGGCCUCACCCUGUCCAACCUCACGAUGGAGGACACGGGAACCAUCGCCUUCUCGGCCGAAGGGGUGCGCACCACGGCAAGACUCACGGUCAAAGAGACGCCGGUGUCCAUUCUGAAACCGCUGGAGGACGUACGAGUGGAGGAGGAACUCCCCGCCACUCUGGAGUGUGAAUUCUCCAGACAAAAUGUCGAAGUCAGAUGGUUCAAGAAUGAGACGGAGCUGAAACCGGGGAAGAACUGCCGGAUCUACUCCAUGGGUCGGAAGCGGUUCUGUCAGAUCCUGCAGUGCGCUCGCACUGAUUCGGGCUCCUACACGUGUGACGCAGGGGAAAUCAAGACGUCGUGUUCACUGGAUGUCUAUGAGCAUGAGCUGGAGAUCGUGCAGGACCUGGAGGAUCUUUACAUCCAGGAGGACCAAAACGCCGUCUUCAUGUGCGAGGUUUCUCUGGAGGACGUGACCGGGGAGUGGUACAAGGACGGCCACAAGAUCCGAGCCAGCAGCACCGUCAAGAUCCGCACUGAAGGGACCAAACACUUCCUGCUGAUGUGUAACGUCAAAGCUGAGGAUGCUGGAGAAAUCCGCUUUGUGUCCCGGGAUGUCGAGUCGACAGCCUACCUGGAGGUGGAAGAGCUCCCAGUUUCCAUCGUGAAGCCCCUUCGGGACCGGACAGCCCUGGAAAAGCACCGGGUGAUCCUGGAAUGCACCGUCUCCUCUCCUCACUGCGCCGCCACCUGGUACAAAGGCAAACGGGAGCUGGUCUCCUCCGAUCGGGUGGAGCUAUCAGUCGACGGCUGCUCCCACAAGCUGGUGAUCCAGCAGGUGUGUGUGGAGGACGAGGGUACGUACCGGAUCGAGGUCGGGGAGCAUACAUCAGAGGCCAAACUGCUGGUGGAAGCCCAGGCACUGGUGAUGGUCAAGGACCUGGAGGACGUGGAGGUGAUGGAGUCGGAGGCGGCGACCUUCCAGUGCGAGGUGUCCGUGGCCAUCAACAAACCGCCCAUCUGGAUGCUGAACGGAGAGAGCCUCGUCCCGGGGCCCGCCGUCCGCCUGGAGGACCACGGGACGGUCCACAGACUCACCCUGAGGGACACCAGCCCCGGCAUGAGUGGGACGGUCAGGUUCACCAUGGGCAAGGCCAAGAGCAGCGCCACACUGACCGUCACCCAGAAGUGAAAGAGCGGAAAACUGACGAGAAAUCCCAGGAUGAGGCACACUGAACAUUUUCCUUCAUUUUUUUUUUUUUUUUUUACAGUGUAGGAUAUAUUUAUUUAUCUAGUUCAGUUGACUGUACGUUCUUGUAUUGUUGACUUAUUGGUGCAAA